GCUUUGCAGUGCGUUUAAAAUCAUUUAACAUUAUGUUUGGCUUUAUAUAGGUCGCAGACGCGUACGGUGAAGCUCCGAGCAUUGUUAAACUGGAUUUAGGAGUGGGAAUUAUAAAGCUAAGGUCGCAGACGUGUACGGUGAAGCUCCGAGCAUUGUGAAACUGGAUUUAAGAGUGCGCAUUAUAAAGCUAAGGUCGCAGACGCGUACGGUGAAGCUCCGAGCAUUGUGAAACUGGAUUUAGGAGUGGGCAUUAUAAAGCUACGGUCGCAGACGCGUACGGUGAAGCUCCGAGCAUUGUUAAACUGGAUUUAGGAGUGGGCAUUAUAAAGCUAAGGUCGCAGACGCGUACGGUGAAGCUCCGAGCAUUGUUAAACUGGAUUUAGGAGUGGGCAUUAUAAAGCUAAGUUAAGCUCUAUUAUGUCUACGUUUGCAAAUAAGGUGUCCAUGUUCAAGCUCUUCACUGAGGCGCCCUCCUCGAACAAGGGGUGGAAGGACCGGUGGUGCUACGUGAAGCUGACCGAGAGCCCCUUCCCGAGGGAGUUACGUGACCGUUUCAAGAGGCACGAGAAGAGGAGGAGCGCCGCCCUCGAAAAGAUGACAGGAUUCUGGCCAUGAUCCCGGAGGGCCGGGACAAGAAUAUCACCAUUAAGGAGUGCACCAAGGAAGGAGAUCUCUACACCCUCGGGUUCCGGCGGUACCGGUUCCUGGGGGAAACAGAUGAGAAGUUCCCAGUGUUUGAGGGAGCCUCCGGAGGUAUCCCAGUGAACAUGAUGAACGUCAAAGGCCUCGCUCGAUUCAAGAACAAGCCGGGCAAGGAUCCGAAGGGGUCGGACGCGGGCGGCCAAAAGCCCGUCGGUGCGCCUUUCAAGAAGCCUGAGGGCGAUGCUGCUGCGGCGAAGAGGAAGCCGAC